UCGCGAGACAAAUAAAAAUUAUAAAAUGUUCAAUAUGAAUUUACCAAUGGUUUCUAAUUUUUUUGGCUGUUUCGAUUUAAGAACUGGUGGAUUAAUUAUUGGCUGGCUUGGAGUUGUAACUUCUUGCAUUUCUAUAUUUCAAAGCCUAAUAUUUUUAUUUCUAUAUAGGAUUGAAUAUGUAUUUGUAUAUGGGAUAUUAAAUGUAUUUGGAUUGAUUAUCAGUGCUUGUUGGCUUUAUGGAAUUUAUCAGAAUCGACCAAGUUAUAUGUUAUUAAAUGUUAUUACGAGUGCAAUCGGGUCAAUUAUUUUGUACAUUGUUCUGGUUAUUUCGAUGGGAUUUUAUUCAAUAUUGGCACUUCAUGGUCAAAUGUUAUUAGGAAUUGGGCUUUUUGUUUUCUGCAUUAUAACAGUCGGUUCCGCCUAUUUGUUUAUCGUUAAGUAUUCCAUCUACAAAAACAUCAAAGAGGCCAACUCUGCAUCGACGGGCUAUGAAUUUACAUCGCCAGAUGUGUAAUGAAAA